GCCGGGGGAUGAUGGCCGUCGCGAGAAAGGAAAUCUCUGGAAAGCUGUCAAACGGCGUCGAUAAAUAGCGCCUCCGCCGUGGCUGACUGCGAAACGAGGAGGAACUCUUUGCGAGGAAAACUUUGCGCAUGACUUUCGCGAGGAAAGGAAAUUGUUUUCCUGCUCCUCCUCCGGCUGCGUGUUGUUGGUGGCGGAGAUAAAGAAGAGGAUGAGACCACUAGAACGCACGAAACGUGAUGGAUGAUGAUGUGUUCGGUGGACGGUCGGACAAAAUGACCAACGAAACUUACAAAUCGGUGUCCGUGCGUGGAGCGCAGAGAACGAAGGGUUAAGGGCGGACGCGACGACGACGAUGCUCGAUAGAAAUUUGCCAUCCCAUCGCCGCACCGAUUCCGACCAUCGGAGAGGGCAGCCAUAAAACCGUUUUGCUGUGCUCUGGUGCAGCUUCCGAACUUGCGGUUUCGUUAUAUCGAAUUACUUUUUCGGAUUUUUCAGCCCGCCACAGCGGCGUUACGGCGGCAGUUUCAGUUACGUCGAAAUUCUUUCACCAAAGAACCACCGACCGAACGAACCUCGAAGUUACGCUCUCUGUUGGUUGUACGGUGGUUUGGCAUGUAGCGGCGUGCGGCACUUCCAGAAAGUGAACCCGCGGGGAAGAAAAUAUUGAAGCCAAAUAUGGAGAAUGUUUAACACUUGAGCUGUGGCAGCAAGAACACGAAAACGGUCCAGGCCCGCACAUCCUGCUUGUAUGUGUGUGUGUAUAUUGUGGUGGAUGAGUGAAAACCAAAUAGACAGCAUCCUGCCCCGCUGCACAAUACUUUCCCUGGUCGUGUAGGAGCGAGAAGCAGCAAAACACUUGUUCCCCGUACAAACAGCAAAGAUAGAGCGAUAGAGGAAGGCACAGUAAAGAAUCAAAGGUUCGGCUACGCGAGACGUUCGCUCUUACUCUAGUGCAAUCAGCGAUACAAUUUGUGCAAUUCAAACCCUCUCCCAUCAAUAUAAAUGUGCCCUGUGUUUGUCCGUGUAUGUGUAGUUUAGCAUUUAAUGUAGUGGCGCUUUGGUGCAGCAAAGCACAAACCAAAUCGCACUAUACUCCGAUGGUUGGCUCAGCCUUAGAUUGUUCCAGUUAAUCCAAUUGUUUCUGUGGUGUGCUGCCGGUGUCCAGAAUGGUUGACUAAACAGCGCGAAUGCGCAAGGAUGUGCUGUUUUUUUUGCAUAUAUGAGAGCGGGCGAGCUGUAUAUUUAAGGAUGUGCCGAUUGCAAUAGAGAGUCCUGAUCCUAAAAGAGACACACGGUCGUCCGGGGGCAUGCUGUUAGUGUGACAGCGGUAGAGAGCCAAAGCCCGGUAUCGCGUGUACGUGAGAAGUGUGGGAAUCCCGCUGUCACCGUCGUCGUCUUCACUGGUUUGGUGGCACUGCGCUUAGUUAGAUCACCGUCGACAACGUGAGCGUUGCAAGAUCGCUCACAGCUCACAACCAUAGCGCUGACGAUAAAGUUAUCGCACGUGCUUGAAUCAGUAUAGGUUGGUAGUAGUGCUUCGGUCCGAGAUGAUGAUGAGUAUCAUGCGUUUGUGUGUCUCUGUGUGUUUGUGUGUUAGUAAAGAAUAGCAGCAGCAGGAAGAUGGUAAGGCGAGGAUCAAUAAUGCAAUUUAUGUGGACCAAUGCUUUGAUAAGGCAAUUGCUUUGAGUGCCAAGGGAGUGAAGGCAACCUACGUCGUCCCAAUUCGUUUAGACAGGACCAUCCCACCAUGGCGGCAUGUUGGUCGUCUGUUAUCUUACUAACCGCGUGAGAUGAUCUGGGGCGUUCACUGUACGCGAAGCAGCAGACCAUCACAUUCGAGUCCCGAGCAACGCUUGCCCGCCUUCUCGAUCCUCAUGAUCGGAGAACCGGCUCUUGACCACGUGCUUGAUCGCGACUUCAAGAACUGUGGUGGGUGUGCGAGACUCCAAAGCCACCAGCGUCACUUGAUCGAGCCGCGCCGCGAUGCAGAUGAAUCAGUAGCGGAAGCGUAACCAACCGGCCCAUCAAUCACGAACUUCAACCAGCCAAUCGAUUCACCGCGUGAUCGACGACCAUACUGCCCGCGUUUCUGCGCCUAGUCGUUCAUACAUCAAAUCCGGUGUGUUGCCGAUUGUUUGUUUGCGUGUUGUGCCUGCGCGAAUAUCUGCUUCGCGCAUUAUCAUCAGCCGCGUUAUCGCCGUUUUAUCAAUCGUGUGCCACACGGUCGUCAGCGGCAGUAGGAGCGCCAGACUGCGGGGCGUUCUCGUGGCAACGGCGGUUGACGAGGGACGCAAGGGGUCUGCGGUAGUGCACAAAGAGAGUGUAUGCACGGAGGAAGCCCGUUACCGUGCCGCCGUAAGAAACGGCUGCUAGCGAACGUGUGAUCCACGCUGUUCAAUCAACUCGGCAGACGCGGUAAUGUCGUGUGUCGUGGUGUUGAGGUACGAGUAUGUAGAUAAUGUUGUGCUUUAGAAUCGUGUGUUGAACGAUCGUUCGUCGAAUGUGUGGAGGUGUCGCCGUUAACAUCGCUCCAUUGACUCUCCAUAUUCGCUUCGGUAAUCAAAGGUAGCUAUCAGAUGAUACGCUUGCUGCAGGCAGGCCCAAGGACUAGCGCGACGUGUGUCGUUGAACAGUUUGUUCUGGUAUGAGGUGCAACGAGGGAGAGAGCAGUAUCUUCGAAUGUCUUCGACCGUCCACCGUUCCGUGCCAGAGAACUGCCAGGCAGCAAGUGUGCCAGCGAAGCAGUAGUGCCGGGCAACCAAGGAUGCACAAACAUUGUCCGGGAAAAAAUCGCCAGCAAAAGUACGUCGGUGGUAGUGUUUAGGAGGCGCUGGAUCGCCUUCCUUCUUCUUAAAUCCCCUUUUCACGCCCGAACGGUUACAAACGAAACGCCAAAUUCAUGGCCAACCCACCAAACUUACUGCGGGAGAUGGUGAGCGGUCAACGGAAGCGCUUCAUCGAAGAUGGCUACAAUCUGGAUCUUUCCUACAUUGGCGACCGGAUCAUUGCGAUGGGCUAUCCGGCGGACAACGUGGAAGCGAUCUAUCGGAACAAGCGCGAGGAUGUCGUCCGGUUCCUGAAGGAGAAGCACGGGGACUGCUGCAAAGUAUACAAUCUCUGUUCGGAACGCGCCUACCCUACGACCCUGUUUACGAAUUACGCCGAGUACCCGUUCAAGGACCACAACCCACCGGAUAUCAAACAGAUUAACGAUUUCUGCAAGGAUGUGGACGAUUUUCUUCGUUCCGAUAGCCGUAAUGUUGUGGCCAUUCACUGUAAGGCUGGCAAAGGUCGUACAGGUACGAUGAUAUGCUGCUAUCUGCUAUACAGUAAAACCUUCCAAACGGCCACCGAAGCACUGACGUUUUACGCGGAGAAGCGUACCAAGGACAAGAAAGGUGUCACCAUUCCCUCCCAGCGACGGUACGUCGAGUACUACGAGCAGCUUCUGCGUGGUGCAGGACCAUACCAAGAUGUGACGCUCUACAUCUCUGAAAUUCGAAUAAGUCCAGCCGAUGUACCGCUCAAAUCCGGUACGAUUAGCAUGAAGGGCAGCAAGGAAUCAUACCCUUUGACCGAAUUCCUUCGCUCGGAAGAGUACGUAACGGUGCAGCUUAACUACUGCGCUCCGCUAACCGGAGAUGUAAAGAUUGAGUUUGCACGCUCGAAGCUGCAAGACAAACGAUGCCACUUCUGGUUCAACACAUUUUUCGUCGAGCGAGCGGGCAAAUAUGAUUCGCAGAAUCGAUUGGUGUUCUCGUUGACCAAAAAGGAAAUCGAUGAUGCUCACAAAGGAAACACCAAAAAGUGCCCAGAACAGGUGGUUGUCUUUUUACAACGAGUACCGAUCAAUGAGCGACGGAAUGGAGAAAAGCAACACCAAGCGAUCUGCGAGCUUUCGCCGCAACAGCAGCAAGCCAUGAAUGAUGGCGAUUACUCCAUUUUUGCGGCGGUUUCUAUAAGCACCAAUCAACACAACAACAGCAACCCACUGCCAAGGCCGCAGCUACUGGCCCAAAAUGUAGUACAGCCCUUCCACGAUCUCCAAAUGCAGCAGCAUCAUCGAACGAGCGGUGGUGGUGGUGGUGGUGGCAAUAAUCGCGCAUCGAUAGGUAACAGUCAGCAGAACAGUGGCUGCAUUUAUGAAAACAUCGCAAACCCUGAUGGCGGAGUAGGAGGACAGCAUUCGGUCAAACCGAUGGUGAUGUCUCCGAGCAAACUACAAUCGCCGGUGUACGCGCACCAGCAGCACCACGAUCCGGCAUCCGCCUCAUCGCCUACGGUGAAGUUGGGCUACAAAUCGCAAUCGCCAUCACCAAUGACGGUAGCUGUGAAAAAGGUGUCCCAGAAAUCAGCCCAUCAACAGCAGAAUAACCAUUCCGGUGGCUCCUCCGAGGAAAAUUCCGGAACCAACUCCGUCGAAGAAGAUGACGAAGAGGACGACGAGGGCGAUGAGGAUGGAGAAGAAGAGGAAGGAUGGGAGUCCGGUGAGUGUGAACCAGUAGUCUCAGAAUUGUGCAAAUCCCGACUAGCUACGUCUUCCGCUAGCUCCCCAUCCAUGACCUCUUCUGCCAGCACUACUGUUACCACUAUUACUAAUACUGCUACUAUUACCACUAGUACUACUGCUACUACUACUAUUGUUGGAAAUAGGAGAUCUGCAACCGCCCCCUGUACUUCAAAAUCCGAACAAUUCCCAAGCGAUAACAGCGCCCAAAACAGAAGUAGCGGAAAUAGUGGUAGUAGUAACAGUUUUAGCAGAAGUAAAAGUAGUAAUAGCAGUAAUCUUUUGUUGCGACUAGAGACUUCAGUGGCGCUAGAAGCGAUGAAUGCAUCUAUGGCGGUCGUCGGAUCAAACACAGCAACCAACACCAAUCCCUGCCACCUCCUUCCUGCUUCCGCUUCCCGUUAUUUUAAUGACGAAAAUUAUCUGCUCACUGGUAGUAGUGGUAGUAGUAGUAGUAACGCCAUCAGUAAGGGAGUUAAAGGGUCCAACGAUACUACCAACACAAACGCCAAACAUCUGCAAUCAUCCUCUUGUACGAGACACUGUCUUAUGCCUGCAAAUGCACCAGUUGCUUUUUUGUUUCCAGUGCAGAAGGCUAGGGGUGAACCACCGGGAGGAGCGGAUUCCGGUGGGCAUUACCAUGGAAGCUCUUUUUUUUCUGACCACCAUGAGUUGGUGAUGUACCAACCUGGAUUGCAAACUUUGCUUUCCUCGGUACCCACAAACAAUGACAUGGUUGAUGAUCAUGAACUGCAUGAAUCUCUAAUAUUGCUUGCGCCUCCGCCUACCCCAGCUGUCGGGUGGCAUAGCCAUGAUCUGAUUUCACCUAUCGUUGGAGGUGGAGCAGCGGAGGGUAACGCAACCGGUGGUUCCGAUGCUGUCAGUGCUGUCGGUGCUAGUAGUGGUGGUGCUAGUAAAUUCAAACCCACGUCUCCCUUUCGACGUUUUGGUAUAGCGAUGAAACGUAAGACAAGACGUGGUUCAAUGAAAAAGGCAAAACACGGUUCUGCCUCAGGAUCGUCCGGUGGCAACAAUACACCUUUGUACGGUUCUUGCGGUAGCAAUCUGUCGGCAAUAUCGGCAGGUAAAGGGAAGAUAGCGAGCAGCGAUACGAGUAGCGUAGCGACGGCUGUUGUUGCUGGCGAUACUACUAACAAGGAUAGUAUCGGUGGCCGCAUGAAAUUUCGUUGGCUACGUAAUAUGCGCAAUGAUCCAAAUCUAAAGGAAACGUUAGCGAAAAGUGUGAAGGUUCGCGCACCUAGUGUACCACCGUCUCUAGUGACGGAUAAACAAACGCCGAUACCAACCGCUGUUACUUCUACUAUGGUGGCAUCCAGCGCUGGUGUUCAGAUACCUCGAAGCCCUACCACUCUGAUCCCGACAGCAAAGGUCACUUUACCCACAGACGACGAGUGUGAUGCGGACAGUACACAAAUCAGCAUGAGAACUGGCAAUAGCAGCACGAACCUUCCCACCGAUUACUACUCAUUUCUCUGUGAUAAUCAGUUAAGCUACGAAUCGCCUAGCAAAAGUCCAUGCCAUUUGAUGCGUUUCGGUGGUGGACUGAUGGGCCGUAGACCGUCUACCAUAGAGGAGGUGCUGCUGACUGGUGCCGGUGGUGAUGCUGGAUGUUCCGUUGGAGUCGCUAGUGCUAUCUCCGGCAGCGCUGAAGAGUGUAGCGUAGUAGUGAAACCGAAACCAACGAACGUGAAAAUAGGAUUUGAUGUUAGCCCGGCGUCGCCUUCGCCAACUCUCGAAAGUUCGUUCGAAAUCAUCGAUAAAUUUGAUGUAUUGCCCUUUGAUGGUGCAUCAGAUGGUGUUUCCGAUCGAUCAGUUGUGGUUUGCGGUGGUGAUGCUGAUAGGUCGCAACAGUCCCAAAUUUCACCUAUUGAUAGUCCCAUUCUUGCGCGCAGCAAUCGCUGUGCACCGUUUUCUUUUCGCGAGAUUAGACAAGAGUUGCGUGCCGCUAUUAAAUUGGCCCCAAAACGCACCCAGGUAGCACUUUCGUCGUCCUCGCCGACAGCUGGUUGUACCGUCGUGAGAUCGAUCGAACGUACUCUGAGUGCGCCUGUUGCAGUACAAACGCUUGCCACGGCUACUACACUUAGCAGCCAUACAGCUACUGCGACGAUGAUCAAUAACAGCAGCGUUAUACUGCAGCGAUCGCAUUCCGCGCGACAGCUACACCACAAACCAAAUGGACAAUCGCCUGAAAACCGUUUGGAAUAGGUUUGCAGCGUACAACCAUUGACAUUGAAUCCAUCCAGAUCCUACUGCAGAGUAGUUGACUGGAUAAAUCUGUAGAACACUAGAUUAUAUUUUAGGUUGUUUAUUGAAAUGUUUGCGAUCGAAGUGGAACUGCUUUUUUAGAUUGUUAUACCAAUACUGCUCGUUAAUGUUGAACCCUUUUUGGAGAGCUGACAGCAUCAAUGGCUGAAAGAUGCUGGUUUCCCAGCACAAUGCACAGACGACGAAGAUGCGUUGCUUUGCCUGCCGUGCUGUGGUUGCACAUUGUGUGUAUGAAAAGUGAGAUAAGAGCGUAAUCCUGCGGAGCCAGAUAACUAUAUUGUCGUAAAAGUUAUUGUAAUGAGUUUGUUGUAAUGAAAAAUGUCAAGUAUAUAUUAAAUAGAAAUAGGGCAGGACAAUUAUAUCCACGCGAGCUGAUAACGGACCUUCAUGCGUUUGCUGGCAAGAAGGACAGCGGACCGUAGAUGUCGAUGAAAGCAUACUUGUUGAUUUCUGUUCCUGUUUUGCUCGUUAAGCGUUUCAUCCCAGUACAUGAUCAGGUUGGUUUAUCCGAACAAUAUGUUAUUUUUUAUCGUUAUUAUUUCUGAAUCUGAAAGGCAUAAACCAUCUGUUAAAUAGGCUGUAAUGAAUCAAAAUGAAAGAGAGAAAAAAGAAAGAUUUGUGAGAAAGGUGACGUUAACUGAUAAAAAGAAAAAAAGAUAAUAGAGCAUCUAAAUGUGGCUUAUCGGACGAAACAGUUCCUUACCGAGUGUGUUUAUUUUAAAUGUUUGUACAAAAAGUUGCACCUCGGCUACGCGAAACUGCGAGCACACGCGAGCACGAAUUGAGAAAUGGAUGAAGGGAUAUCUAUCUGUACAUAUAUAAUCGUUCUCGUCCAGCCAGCAACACGCUACGCACGCACAACACGCUCUAUGUACAUCCUUUUCGUUGUAAAUCAUCGUUCAUUACUACCACAACUACUACCAAACUCAAACUUGCCGCACCACUACUCCCUAUCACCAACGCAUUGGCAUGUUGUAUUUGGCUAUCAGAGCAGGCCUGCUGCACGGUACCAUUUUGACCAUUUGAUAGUGCAGGACAGCGUCUACGUCGGCAUUGGGUGGUUGGGGAAAAGCUCUUGCAAGUAUAGCACAGUAAGAAAUUUGAUAUGCAAUUGUGUGAUUGAUAUGCUUGGACUUCCCAUUAUGUACUGCCGAGUGAAUCUCUCACUUCUCUAGCCUUACCGGGCGAUUCGCUGCUUUAUCGUUCAAUCCAUUAAACACAUGGGUUAUGUAGGGUAAUCGGUAACCGUACAGGAUAUCGUGGAUUGACCUGACCAGGGUUACGAGAUAACAUCUAGCUGUGUAUGUUGGAAAGAUGAAUGGAUGGAUGGAGGAGGGUAGUUUGCUUCUUUGUAAAAAGUUUGUGUUGGCGUUGGAACAGGAAUUUGCCGCUGAUUGCGGUGUCUCUAACUCCCUCUAAACCAUCGGCUAACCAUUUAAGGCACUAAACUAUUUUCACAAUUUCAUCUGGUACUGGCCUGCGACUUACACACACACAUACACAUCCAUCAUCAUCAAUAGGAACUUCUAACCUUCUGCACCGCUCCCCAGUUUCCCUUAAAAACCAAUCAUCAUGCGAACCAUUUGUUAACGUGUAGGAUCGUCCAAGCAGAGACCGUGGGCUGCACUUAACCUAGGUUUAUGUUCCGCACCGCAAAACGUACGCAAAAACCAUAGCACCCUAUACCAUGUCCCCCCCCACCUGCAGAUCCGAAAGCAGUUGCCAGUAACCCUGGAUCAUCAUCAGCUACAGCGCAUCACCAACUGUCCCCGACUUCGCGAUGUGUCGAUUUCGCCGAUUGCGAACAAGAGUCCAAUGGUGCCGAAGCUGAUGUGUCGAC